CCCGGAUGUUGAUAUGCUACCUGCCCCGGAAACGAUGGCUGGAGACUCUAGAGGGGCGGGGACGGUGUUGCUGGGCUCUCCGGAAGGAGACGUGGCGACGGUUAAGCUUCAGGCUUCUUCGUACUGUUUGUAGUCCCGCCGCCGCCUUCUCCUCCUCCCCCUCCUCGUCUCUUCAGGCAGAGGAGGUUUUGGCGGCGGCUGGAGAAAGCAGCGGAGGAGGAUGGAGGAAGGAGGCGGCGGUGCCCGGAGCCUGGUACCCGGAGGGCCAGUGUUACUAGUCCUCUGCGGCCUCCUGGAGGCGUCCGGCGGUGGCCGAGCGCUUCCCCAGCUCAGCGAUGACAUCCCUUUCCGAGUCAACUGGCCCGGCACCGAGUUCUCUCUGCCCACAACUGGAGUUUUGUAUAAAGAAGAUAAUUAUGUCAUCAUGACAACUGCUCAUAAAGAAAAAUAUAAAUGCAUACUUCCCCUUGUGACAGGUGGAGAUGAGGAAGAAGACAAGGAUUACAAAGGCCCUAAUCCAAGAGAUCUAUUAGAACCACUAUUUAAACAAAGCAGUUGUUCCUACAGAAUUGAAUCGUAUUGGACUUACGAGGUAUGUCAUGGAAAACACAUUCGGCAGUACCAUGAGGAAAAGGAAACUGGUCAGAAAGUAAAUAUUCACGAGUACUACCUUGGAAAUACGCUGGCUAAGAACCUUCUAUCUGAAAAAGAACAAGAAGCAGAGGAAAGAGAAAAAUUAAAAGAGAUUCCCACUAAAAAUAUUGAAGGUCAGAUGACACCUUAUUAUCCUGUGGGGAUGGGAAAUGGUACACCUUGUAGUUUGAAACAGAACCGACCCAGAUCAAGUACUGUGAUGUAUAUAUGUCAUCCUGAAUCUAAGCAUGAAAUCCUCUCAGUAGCUGAAGUUACAACUUGUGAAUAUGAAGUUGUCAUUUUGACACCACUCUUGUGCAGUCAUCCUAAAUAUAGGUUCAGAGCAUCUCCUGUGAAUGACAUAUUUUGCCAGUCACUGCCAGGAUCACCGUUUAAACCCCUCACCCUGAGACAGUUGGAGCAGCAGGAAGAAAUACUAAGGGUACCUUUUAGAAGAAAUAAAGAGGAAGAUUUACAGUCAACUAAAGAAGAGAGAUUCCCUGCAAUCCAUAAACCCAUUGCUGUUGGCUCCCAGUCAAUGUUCACUGUUGGAACAACCCACAUAUCCAAAUUGACAGAUGACCAGCUCAUAAAAGAGUUCCUUAGUGGUUCUUACUGCUUUCAUGGGGGUGUUGGUUGGUGGAAAUAUGAAUUCUGCUAUGGCAAACAUGUACAUCAGUACCAUGAGGACAAGGAUAGUGGGAAAACCUCUGUGGUUGUGGGGACAUGGAACCAAGAAGAGCACAUUGACUGGGCUAAGAAGAAUACUGCUAGAGCCUAUCAUCUACAAGACGAUGGCACCCAGACAGUCAGGAUGGUGUCACAUUUUUAUGGGAAUGGAGAUAUUUGUGAUAUAACUGACAAACCAAGACAGGUGACAGUAAAACUAAAGUGUAAAGAAUCAGAUUCUCCUCAUGCUGUUACUGUAUAUAUGCUAGAACCUCAUUCCUGUCAGUAUAUUCUCGGGGUUGAAUCUCCAGUGAUCUGCAAAAUCUUAGAUACAGCAGAUGAAAAUGGACUUCUUUCUCUCCCCAACUAAAGGGUAGUAAAGUUGGGGGAAAAUAGUAUCACUGAAAGUCAUGAUGAUUUCUUUUUUCUGUGACCAUGUGUCUCAUUACAGAGUUCUCAGCCGUCGGACCUCAUCUAAAGGACUGUAUAAAAGGGCUCUCAGCCACAGUGUGGAUAGCCCUGUGUAUAUAAGAGCUCAUUAAUAAACUCCUAAAGC